AUGCCAAGGCACACAAGCAAGGAACCAAAGGCAACCAAGCCAGCGAGUGGGGGUGAAGGCCUGUUGUUCGUGGCGCAGGACUCUUCGCAUUUCCGACGCGAAAACCUUCGUGCGAUUGUAAGCCAUGCUCGGAAGACACAAACCCAGCAGAAGCACGCAAGGCGAAGAGCUUCUGCUUUGAGCGAGUCGCACUACGCCAGAAGCCUUGUUGGUUGGCAAUUAGAUGUGCCAGCCAACGAGCGAAACAAGGCGGCCAUGACGUUGCCUCAUGCGACCACGGUCAACACCACGUUGCCUUCCGGUGACAUUGUCGCAUCCGAUGCAAGACCGAUGCAAUUUCGGAUUGACCUACCAAUAUCGGGUGGACUACGAUCAGAUCCGUUCGCGAGUUUCCCAAUGGAGAAUUCUCGAGAGUCAAUGAUGAUGAUUGACUUCUAUGUACAAGUUUACUCGUUCCACAAGACAGCAGUUCUCGAGGACUGUGUCAGCGCCAACACCAUCAUGGAUAUUUGCUGGCCUCACGUGCUCAGAGAUGAGCUUGCCUUUGACGCAACCCUGGCUUUGACCCGCAUAGUAUGGUUGCAAAGCCACGAUUUGCCUUUCCUCCAGGAUGGACAGGCACUGCGAUACAAGGAGAGAACCUUGGCAAAGUUGAAACAAAGAGUGACAGCAUGGAACACGACAGUGACGGAGGCUGUCAUUUUCACAGUCUGCCGACUAGUCACAAUAGCAUACUUGACAUGCGACGAUGAAGCUUUCCAGAUACAUCUCAAUGCACUGGAAAGGCUUACCGACGAGUACGCAAAAUUCAAAGGCUCCCUGGAUAAUGACGCUCGAGUCAUCCACGCUCGUCUGCAAGGCUAUUGUCAUGGAUGGCGUUCGUUGCAGGCGUACCGCUCCCGAACCGCCAAAGUCACCAUGAAUGACGCCUCCCCUGCUGCGAACGGUCUCGGACAUCCCACGCCACUCACUCGCGAUGGACAUUCCCUAGGAUUGGCUCCUGGUUUGGUGCCCCUCGUGGACCAGGAUCUGAUAUGCACUGAAGUCCUCACAGUAUUCAGUGUGCUCGAUUCAAUACUAAGAGGCUUCGUCGAUCGAACUCUGGACAAUUCCGAAUUUCGACGAACGCAUUAUCUCGUGUAUUCCGCCAUACAUGCUCUUGCUACAUCGUCGAAAGUCUCUGAUCUCGAUGUCCAACUGUGCUGCGGAGCCAUCGGGCUUUACUUCCUCGUCCUAAUACUAUGCACCGAUGCGCACGAUGUGGAUGCGUCACAAGCCAUUGACGCUUUGCAGAACAGUCUGGAUGCUGUGGCCAACAUCUUCAUACAUAAGAGGCAUAUCGGUGCCCAUGAUAGCCCUGCGCACCAGGCUGUCUUCCGGCUGGCCGCAUUCUUGCUCGGAUGCGCUUGCUUGUAUCCAUCUCCAAGAACGAGCUCCAGUACGCGCGUCAAAGGCCAGAUUAUACUCUUCAGCAUGCAUGAAAAUCUCUUUGGACUUUCGGAUACCGACGAAGCAUAUGACACCCGCAGGCCGUUCAGUGAGUUGAUAUUCGACGCUCUUGUUGAACAGUCCGUCCAGGCAAUGACCUUUCCCGAUGUGAUUGUUCCGAUGCUCCGACGAAUAUAUAUUGCUGCAGCAAUGCGGCAGCAGGAGUGGGAGUCGCGCGGCUUAUUCCGGAUGGGCAUGUCGGGUGAUGACAGAGUCGAGUAUAUGGUGCUGCGACAUUUUCGUGGUAAGUGUCCAGCCGCUCUUCUUAUCCUUGCCUUCUCCCACCCGAAGAACCCUCCACCCGCGGGGCAGACCGAUGGCUGA